AUCAUUUCUUGUUUCCUUUACACAUGCAUGCAUGCAUGCAGUACGUUGUGUUGGCUCCAUGGGUGUUGCAUGGCCUGCGCAUGGUGGCGACGAAGGGGUGGAGGGAGCUCGACGUGAUCACCUACAAUGCAAUAUUUCCAUCCCUGCUGCUGAGGAUGAUCCACAACCAGAUAUGGAUAACCUUGUCGCGCUUCCAGAAUGCUCGGAGCAAGCACCAGAUCGUCGACCGCAGCAUCGAGUUCGAGCAGGUCGACCGCGAGCGGAACUGGGAUGAUCAGAUCAUUUUCAAUGGCCUGCUGCUGUAUGUGGGCUUCACCUUCAUUCCGAGCUCGGCGCAGCGGCUUCCGAUGUGGCGAACGGAUGGAGCAGUUAUGAUAGCCCUGCUUCAUGCAGGCCCUGUGGAGUUCCUCUACUACUGGUUUCACAGAGCACUGCACCACCACUUCCUCUACUCGCGCUAUCACUCGCACCACCACGCUUCCAUCGUCACUGAGCCGAUUACAUCCGUCAUUCAUCCUUUCGCGGAGCAUGUGGUGUACUACGCACUUUUCACGAUUCCAAUGUUGACAACCGUCCUCACUGGCAGGGGGUCUAUUAUCGCCCUGUUGGCUUAUACUACUUACCUCGACUUCAUGAACAACAUGGGGCAUUGCAACUUCGAGCUCGUCCCCAAGUGGCUUUUCCAUGCCUUCCCCCCGCUUAAGUAUCUCAUGUACACUCCGUCGUUUCACUCGCUUCACCACACCCAGUUCCGGACAAACUACUCUCUCUUCAUGCCAUUCUAUGACUACAUAUACGGCACGAUGGACAAGUCGUCCGACGACUUGUACGAGAGCUCGCUGAAGGGGAAGGAAGAAGCCCCUGAUGUUGUUCACCUGACCCAUCCCACCACACUGCAAUCCAUCUACCAUCUUAGGCUUGGGUUUGCAUCCUUGGCAUCCAGGCCAUACAAUUCAAAGUGGUACAUGCUGAUCAUGUGGCCCAUAUCGUCGGUGUCGAUGUUGCUCACAUGGAUCUAUGGAUCUUCUUUCACAGUCGAAAGAAACACCUUGAAGAAGCUCAAGUUGCAAACAUGGGCAAUACCCAGAUACAAUUUCCAGUACGGAUUAAAAUGGGAGAAAGAAGCAAUCAAUGAUCUGAUCGAAAAGGCGAUACUAGAGGCCGAUCAAAGAGGAGUUAGAGUUCUGAGUCUAGGACUACUAAAUCAGGCGAAAGAACUCAAUGGAAGCGGCGAACUUUACAUAGAGAAGCACCCGAAACUGAGAGUGCGAAUAGUGGACGGCAGUAGCUUAGCAGCUGCGGUGGUUCUUAAAAGUAUUCCUGCAGGAACAAACGAAGUACUUCUCGCCGGAAAUCUGUCUAAGGUGGCCCGCGCAGUUGCUGCAGCACUAUGCCAGAAGGGUGUCCAGGUGAUCAUGACUCGCAAGCAUGAAUUCAAGAUGCUCAAGGGGCAAAUGACAGAAAAGGCGGCUAAUUAUUUGGUGUUUUCAAGAAACUAUACUACAAAGGUAUGGUUAGUAGGAGAUGGAUUAGAACAUGAAGAACAAAAAAGGGCGCCAAAAGGAGCACGGCUCAUCCCGUAUUCGCAAUUUCCCCCGAAGAAGAUACGCAACGACUGUAGUUACUACACCACUCCAUGUAUGAAGAUCCCAGAAACAUUACAGAACAUGCAUUCCUGUGAGAACUGGCUGCCGAGAAGGGUAAUGAGCGCGUGGCGUGCUGCUGGAAUAGUACAUGCGCUGGAGGGAUGGGAUGUUCACGAGUGCGGAGAAACGGUGCAAGACGUCGAGAAAACAUGGUCAGCUGCUAUUCGCCAUGGAUUCCUCCCCGUGACGCAAAUCUAAUGUUCGGCCCGGAAGUUACCGUCAGCUUGAUAAUAGAUUAGUAUUAUGAAGCAUGUAAUCCAGAAGUGAUGAUGCAAAUGAUAAUGAAAUGGAUGUAAGGGAAUAGUUUCUUUCGAGACCGCGACAAGGUUUGAGAUCUUUCGCAAGUUUAUUAAUGAAAAUCAAUAAGAUACUUAUGAGACUGUUA